AAAGACCAAGAGAGAGAGAGUGAUCACUUGGCAGCCUCUUCUGAGGAGUGAGGACUGUGGAGGACUCAGAUUGGCCAAGACUUGGCGCCUCAAAGCUUUUCCCAAUCCAAACACCCGACAAAAAACCGAAUGCAACUUUUCCCUUCUUUCUUUCUCACCCUUUGUUCACCAGUGCUGCCACUUCUAUCUCUAUGCCUUCCUCGUUUACAUCUCAACCAUCCAUGAACACCUUCAUCUUCUUCCUCGCCUAGAUUAACAUAACCAAACCCAAGUUCAUUUCUUUCCAUCUGGGUUUUCGAUUUCAUCUUCUGGGGUCUUCUUCGUUUUUUUUUUUGUCGUCGUCUUCUUCUUCUUGUACGUCUGUCAUGGAUGCGUCGUGUGUGACAUCUCCGCUUUGCACGUGGUUGGUCGCUGCUUGCAUGUCGGUCACGUGCGGCGCAGACCACUCCGCGUGCCCGUCCAUGUUCGGUUCCAGCAAGAGACAGAGCAAAUGGGCUCGCGGUAGGAGGAGGGUCUUGUCCAAAUGCAGCUCCGAACCUCGGACGGGCUCGAUUUCCUCCCUGUGUGGAUCGAGCAUUCAGGGCCUUAUGAGCUCCUGCCUCGCUUUCGAACCCUGCCAUGAGUACUAUAGCUCCAAUGGCCUUUCUUCUUUGGGAUUUUACUCUCUGUUCGGAUCCAAGAAUGUUCAUCUGAAUCGUAGACAGAGGCGUUUGAAUCGACCACCCCGUUCCGGAGAAGCCAUGGCUGUAGCUGUGCAACCUGCAAAGGAAGUCGCAACAAGAAAGAAACCUCUCACAAAGCAAAGGCGAGUGGUUGUGACAGGGAUGGGUGUGGUGACCCCACUUGGUCAUGAACCAGAUGCCUUCUACAAUAAUUUGCUUGAGGGUGUCAGUGGUAUAAGUGAGAUCGAGGCUUUUGAUUGUGCCCAAUUUCCAACGAGAAUUGCUGGAGAGAUCAAGUCUUUUUCUACUGAUGGAUGGGUUGCGCCCAAACUUUCCAAGAGGAUGGACAAAUUCAUGCUUUACUUGCUUACUGCUGGCAAAAAAGCCUUGGCAGAUGGUGGAAUUACAGAAGAUGUAAUGAAUGAUUUAGAUAAAGCAAAAUGUGGAGUUUUGAUUGGCUCGGCAAUGGGUGGAAUGAAGGUUUUUAAUGAUGCAAUUGAAGCUUUAAGAGUUUCAUACAAGAAGAUGAAUCCUUUCUGCGUACCUUUUGCAACUACAAAUAUGGGUUCUGCCAUGCUUGCAAUGGAUCUGGGAUGGAUGGGCCCAAACUAUUCUAUCUCUACUGCUUGUGCUACAAGCAACUUUUGUAUAUUGAAUGCAGCAAACCAUAUAACUAGAGGCGAAGCUGAUGUGAUGCUUUGUGGUGGCUCAGACGCGGCAAUCAUACCUAUUGGCUUGGGAGGUUUUGUGGCUUGCAGAGCACUUUCCCAGAAUAGUGAUCCUACAAAAGCUUCACGCCCUUGGGAUAUUAAUCGUGAUGGAUUUGUUAUGGGGGAAGGAGCUGGGGUUUUGCUCCUUGAAGAAUUAGAGCAUGCUAAGAGAAGAGGUGCAAAUAUCUAUGCCGAAUUUCUAGGUGGAAGCUUCACUUGUGAUGCUUAUCACAUGACUGAGCCACACCCUGAUGGGGCUGGUAUUAUCCUCUGCAUAGAAAAGGCAUUAGCUCAGUCUGGGGUGUCUAGGGAAGAUGUGAAUUACAUAAAUGCACAUGCUACUUCCACACCGGCUGGAGACCUAAAAGAAUACCAAGCUCUUAUUGCUUGUUUUGGCCAGAAUCCUCAGUUGAAAGUGAAUUCUACGAAAUCUAUGACCGGUCACCUAUUAGGAGCAGCUGGUGCUGUGGAAGCUGUUGCGGCAGUACAGGCAAUACGGACAGGGUGGGUUCAUCCAAAUGUCAACCUGGAAAACCCAGACCAAGGCGUGAACACAAAUAUGUUGGUGGGCUCAAAGAAAGAGAGACUGGACAUCAAAGCAGUGUUGUCUAAUUCCUUUGGGUUUGGUGGUCACAAUUCAUCUAUCAUUUUUGCCCCGUACAAGUGAAGAUCUGGUGGGCUACUCCAACCUUGCUGUAUGAUGCUGAAGUUGGGUGAGUACCCCAGGAAGUCUACCUUGUAUCUGAUCUUCUAGUCGGUUGUUCGCAUGGCCUCAUGCAAUCAAAUUGGUUGGACAUCUGGUAAGAUGGCCCUGUGGAUGGAGAUGGAGAUGGAGAUAGAGAGAGCUUCGGGAUGGCCGAUCCGGGUAUCAUGCAAUACUCUUGCUUUCGUUUUUCGUAGAAGUUCUGUUUUUCUUUCAUGGUAAAACAAGCCAAAGUAGAGCUGGACAUACUUGAUAAGAUAACCGGCAUUGAACCACCAUUACACUGCGCAAUACUAGCCUUGUUAAAAGGGAUUUUUUCUUUUUUCUUUUUUUCCUUUUGCAUGUACAAGCGAAUGGCUCACCUAAUUUGUUUUUAUGGUCAUUUGUAAUG